AUGAUGAUAUGGCACUGGUUAUUUGUUCUUUAUUUCCUGUUUGCCAGCACUGUUCAAGGUCUAUUCCAGGAAUACAACCCCUUCGCAAACAAGAAUAUUUCCCUAAAGUUCCCAAAAAUAAACGGUUGGGGGAAGAACAUUAUGGCGACUGGUCAACAGACAAUUAUCAAUUCAGAUAGCAUUUAUGAAUGGACCCCAAUUCUAUCAAACAUAACAGGGGGCAAGAAGGACAGCUUUGUGUUUACCAUCGACGCAGAAGCCUCUGGUUAUGGAUUCGCACCUACGUAUGAAGUAUUGAUGUUUAUCAGUGGCAAUAUUUGCGAAAUGCCUACAAAUAAAUCGGAAGUAGAUUUAACAAUAUACUAUUCUUUCAACGAAACAGUUUUAGAUAACCCAGAGAUUGGCCAAUGUGCGGUUUUCCAAGAUGGUUACAUUCAAGCAUUAGCAAUUAGUCCGGUACAGUCUUCUAAUUCAAAUGCCACCUCCACUUAUUCAAAUCUUUAUGUGGUAGUACAGCUAGUGAAUUCUACUACAAAUGAACCACUAUCCAGUUCUGACAGCUCAGAAAAUUGGGAGUACAGACUAAGUAUUUCCGAGAACGAUUUGGUAUUUCAAUGGGACGUAAGGCCUUGGGUGGAUGUCCUGGACACUGAUAUGAACUCUGCACUACUGUCCACUGGUAAUGUCACUGCUGACGCUAAAGUUUACCACAAUUUUUCAAUAUAUGAUCCAUCCUUAUACGACCUAUAUGUUUACUCGUACGAAGAUUCUGUUAAAGUAAACCAAAACUAUAAUCUUUCUCUAUGUGCUGUAAAGAAUGGACCCCAUUUAGUGUCUUCUCAAAGUACACCGAAUGCAACAGUUACCUCAAACAGUACAAACCCAUUAGGACGUACCGAUCUCGCCAUCCAGAGAAAAAUAGCUGAGUAUGGUGGCAGCGUAACCGAAAUGUUUUAUGUAACAGGGCUGAAUGCCUCAACAACCUAUGUCGCUUACCUAACAAAGAAAAUCAGUAAUGGUGAUGGAUUGUCAAGUGUGGGUGGUGUAUUAUUUUCACCUGUAUACUUUACCACAAGAGGUACUGACGCGUGCUCUUUAAUCUUUGAUUUAAACUUCUGCAGUGACGUGGCAUAUUCCGUACCUACUUCAUCAUUCUCCGUAAAUAAUAAGACUCUCAUGGCACAGACAUAUGAUCACAUCGCCGAGGCACUUUAUUCGAAUUUUAGCAAAGCUUUACAGUUAAUCUCCUGUGACGCAGACAAAAAUGCAAGGUACUCUCCAAUCAUGACUUGCGAUGAUUGCGCAGAAGCGUAUCGUGACUGGGUAUGUGCAGUGUCCAUUCCUAGAUGUAGCACUACUUCUUCCCAGUACUAUAUCCACAGAGAUAAAUCUCACAAUCGUAAUGAUUAUUUGAAUCAAUUCAUUAAACCUUUGGAUGACUAUUAUGAAAUACUACCUUGUAUUGAUAUGUGCUAUACAUUGGUACGAAACUGCCCCAGUGACUUUGGAUUUGCUUGUCCGGAUGACGUAACUACGGAAGAUCUUCUUUAUCAAAGUUACAAUUUCUAUAUGGAUACGGAUUAUGCGACAUGCAAUUAUAUAGGUAAUUCAUCAUUGAUGGAAAUUCAUCCUUUGGACGAUACAUAA